ACAAAACCAGAACGCCGCCGGUCUGCAUCCCGGCGUAUCGUGAGUGGACUUUGGAAUUCCCGAAAGAACACAGAAGAGACCAGCUGGGCGGCCCAUCGCGUUUCACCAGACGGGCAUCGAUCAGAGUCCUCGUCACGUAUCGCCUUAGGUAGUGAUAUAGACAAAAUCUCAACAGCAGGCCGAUUUCUCGGCUGCCUACCUCCAUCUUUCAAGCUAAAUCAGGUCGCUGAGCCCGUGCCACUGCCGCAUCCAUCAGAGAACCUCCCGACAAGUCUCCUUUCCCCCUGCCCUCCUUUCCGUCAUGGACUCGGCUCAGGCUCCGGUCUUGUCCACGCCCGCGGAAUACAUCCUCGAAGAUGGCGCAGAUGACAUUGCUUCCGUUGUGGCGUCAUCGAAACCCUUGGAUGAUGAACAGCUCUACGUACAGUAUGAGCUCCGUCGGACCGUCGAGGAGAUCCGAGCUGCCAAGCAUCAGCGAGUCGCUCUACAAUUCCCCGAUGACAUGCUCGUCGAUGCUCCUCGGGUCUACGAGCGUCUCCGAGAUGACUUGAACAAGGCAGAUCCGGAAGGCGACGUCACUCUAUGUAUUCUGGGCGACACGUCGUAUGGCGCAUGUUGUGUCGACGAGGUCGCUGCGGAACAUGUCGAAGCUGAUGCCGUCGUCCACUAUGGUCGCUCCUGUCUCUCUCCGACGGCUCGGCUGCCAGUCAUAUAUGUCUUCACGUCGAGACCCCUAGAUAUAGACACCGCGGUGGCGAGCUUCGUCGAGACGUACAAGGAUUCCGCUGAGAAGAUCUGUCUCAUGGCGGACAUUCCUUACACGCAUCACCUGGAGCCUUUGGCGCGGCGAUUGAGGGAUGAUGAGGGAUACGUGAAUCUGUUCGUUCCAGAAAUCAUACCCGACCCAUCCUCGUUGCUUCCAAACCGCACGGUUCCGGACGAGGUAAAAGUAAACCCUGAAGCACUUCAGGAAUAUUCUGUCUUCCACCUUUCUUCUCCUCCUACUUCUCUCCUCCUCAUUCUCUCUUCUCGCAUCAAGAACAUGCACAUCUUCGCGACCGAUGCAUCGAUCACGGGAGACCAAAGUCAGGUCGGCAAAACAGUCCUUGAGGCGACCACCGGACAAUUGUUACGUCGCCGCUAUGCCCUCAUCACCCGCCUCAGCACGGUUCCCAUUUUCGGGAUCCUCAUCAACACUCUGUCCGUCUCGAACUACAUGGCAGCGUUACAGCACUGUCAACGACUCAUCGCCAAUGCCGGUAAAAAGAGCUACGUCUUCGUCGUGGGCAAAGUCAAUGCUGCCAAAGUCGCUAACUUUAGCGAGAUCGGCGGUUGGGUCGUCAUCGGAUGCUGGGAGAGCAGUCUCCUCGAGAGCAAAGACUUCUACCGCCCGAUCAUCACGCCCUUUGAAUUGGAAUUGGCUUUGACGGAUGAUGAUGCCCGUGUCUGGCGUGGCGAGUGGAUCGGCGAUUUCGCUACUGUGCUCGCGCGGAACAAGUCUGCAGACCAACCUGCUCCUCAACAAGGAAGAGAUCAAGGAACCGAUGGCCUCGACCGAGACAACCACCAGGACCAAGAUUACGACGAAAACGCCUCGGACGACGAACCUCCCGAAUUCGACCUCCGCACAGGAAGAUACGUCAGCCACUCCCGACCCAUGGGCCGCCCCCGCCGCGAACUUCCCCAACAGCCGGCCGCAUCGUCCGCCACCGACGGCGACCCGCUCGAUCCUCCAUCGUCCUCCUCCUCCUCCGCCCUGGUGGCCCGCCACGCCACCCGCGACGUCGCGACCAUCGCCGGCCAGGUGUCGCCCGCGGCCGAAUUCCUCCGCUCGCAGCGCACGUGGCAAGGCCUGGGUCACGACCAUGCAUCGAUCGCGUACGAGCGCGACGGACAGGGCAACAUCGUCGGUGCGGCCAUGGAGGAGGGGAGAAGUGGGAUCGCGAGGGGCUAUACGGUCGGGGAGGAAGCGGAGAAGCAUUGAGAUUUAUGAUUUUACCGACUCUGAUGAGGGGAAUAUGUUUGGGAGAAUAAGGACAGAUGGCGAAGAGUGUGUGACGAUGACGGAUAGUGUAGUCCGAAGGUGCAAUACUGAACAAUUUUCCCGUUUUCAAAAGGGCAUCAGACCUCCCCUCCCGGAUUGGUCCAAUAGCAGCAUUCUCUCUCUCUUUCUCUCGCUCUCUCUCUCUCUCUCUCUCCCUUCAAAAGGCCUCUCAUCUCCCAUCGUCCCGUGACGCAUGUCUUCCGCCGCGGAACCUUUCC